GUUCAGGUUGUCAGCAUGGCUUCGUUGGGAGACUACUUUGGAGACUGGCAAAAAAAGUUUCCAAAUGUAAUCAUUCCCUUUGGCAUUUCGGCAGCAGCGCUGGGAAUUAUGAUCUUUCUGAAGAAGUUGAAUAUAAUUUAUCAACUGUUGCACAAGGUUGAUGAGAAAUCUAAGCGCCAUGGAGGGGAACUUGUUGCUGAAGUUCUCAAUCAACAUGGUAUUACUCAUGUUUUCACGCUGGUUGGUGGCCAUAUCUCACCCAUUUUGGUGGCCUGUGAAAAACUUGGCAUACGUGUAGUGGACACUCGCCAUGAGGCAACAGCUGUAUUUGCUGCAGAUGCUCUUGCACGUCUCUCUGGAACAGUAGGUGUAGCUGCAGUGACAGCUGGUCCAGGAUUGACAAAUACUGUAACAGCUGUCAAAAAUGCACAAAUGGCAGAGUCUCCGAUACUCCUAAUAGGUGGUGCUGCAGCUACUUUGUUGAAGGGCAGAGGUGCUUUGCAAGACAUUGACCAGAUGUCGCUUUUUAAGCCACUCUGCAAGUUUUGUGCAACUGUCAACUGUGUGCGGGAGAUUGUGCCGACACUUCGUAAAGCAUUGCAGAUGGCUCAGUCUGGAACACCUGGCCCUGUGUUUGUGGAGUUUCCCAUUGACACGCUGUAUCCUUAUGAGCUUGUCAAAAAGGAAAUCGGAAUGAAGGAAAAAGGACCUACAAGCCUUGUACAAAAGGUGAUCAACUGGUAUCUGCAAAAUCACCUGACUAACCUGUUUGCAGGAGCAUGGGAACCAAAGGACACAUCUCCCCUGCCUGUGAUUAUACCAUACGCCUCAUCUUCUCAGAUUCAGCAGUGUGCCAAGCUUGUAUCAAGGGCAAAAAAACCAGUCAUCUUGUUGGGAAGUCAGGCUACUCUUCCUCCCACACCAGUCAGUGAACUGCGGGCAGCACUGGAGACUUUGGGUAUCCCAUGCUUUCUGGGUGGCAUGUCUCGGGGUCUUUUGGGCCGCAAAAGUGAGAUCCAGGCGAGACAGCAAAGGCGGGAGGCACUAAAAGAUGCUGACCUUGUCAUCUUAGCAGGUGCAGUCUGUGACUUCCGUCUCGGUUAUGGCCGAGUGCUGAAUCGCCGAUCUAAAAUUAUUGCCAUCAACAGAGACAAGGACCAGCUUUACAAGAAUUCUGACAUGUUCUGGAAACCAGCAAUAGCAGUUCAGGCAGAUGUUGGCAGUACAAUUUCAGCACUAACAGCAGCUUUAAAGGGAUACCGCUGUGAUCCUGACUGGGUGCAUCUGCUGCGCAGCAGAGAUGAAGAAACAGAGAAGAAGAACAGCGUUAAAGCAGAGGAAACGACAAAUGUGCAUUUGAAUCCCUUGAAGGUCCUGCACACACUGGAAGACAUCAUGACUGAUAACACAAUUCUUGUUGCUGAUGGUGGUGACUUUGUUGCAACAGCAGCCUACAUUCUUAGGCCACGAGGUCCCCUGAUGUGGCUGGACCCUGGUGCAUUUGGGACACUGGGUGUUGGUGGCGGCUUUGCCCUGGGAGCCAAACUAUGCCGACCAGAUGCUGAAGUAGUGGUCAUCUAUGGUGAUGGUUCUCUUGGGUACAGCGUUGCAGAGUUUGACACCUUUACACGGCACAAGACACCAGUCCUUGCUGUGGUUGGAAAUGAUGCUGGAUGGACACAAAUAGCACGAGAACAGGUGCCUUUGUUUGGGACAAGUGUUGGCUGUGAUCUGGAUUACACUAAUUACCAUGAAGUGGCAAGAGGAUAUGGAGGGCGGGGCCUUCAGCUUGACCGUACCAAUGAAGACAAAAUCAAAGAGGUUCUACAACAAGCAUUUGCUGAGUAUCGCAAUGGCAACAGCAUCCUGAUCAACGUCCUUAUUGGCAAGACCAACUUUAGAGAGGGCAGCAUUUCUGUAUAGCUGUGAUCACGUUUUCAUGUUUAUGGGUAUUUUUCUCUUUUUGAGGAUGACAAAUUGCUUGGUAUGUUUUGAAUAUAUUAGUGUUUUGCAGAUGGGAAAAGUGUAAAGGUGGUAGAAUAAACUCCAUGUUUCUAGGUUUUGUAUGCAGUCAUAAUUGUUCCUGUGUGUGAAUAUUUAAGACUUUUUAAUCUACCAUGAAGAUUUUGUUACCCUGAUUUUACAGCAGAAAAACCAUAAAGACUUUGUGAUAAGAUUAUUUACUUGAAUAUUUUUUUAAUUAUAUUUUGUGCACGCCAUCAUGACUUGAUCAUGGACAGGUGGAACUGUUCUAGAACAUGUUAUAUGGUUAUGGUACCAGGAUGUUGUGGACAUGGAGAUUUGGAUCAGUGUUCUUGCUGUGAGGCAGAUUUCUGCAUUUUGUUUAGAUGCUCAAUUAUAUUUUUCAUUUAAAAAAAGUUUUUUUGAUCUGUGUGAAUUGUUUAUUGUCAGCACUGUUAAAUGAUCAAGGCCUCGCAAUGGUUUUUUAUCUUGAUUGAACAUAUGUUGAUCAUAUGCAAUAAUCAAAAAUGUCAUUUAACAAAAUGCCUUAAGUUUAAUAUUUUGUUUGUAAUGGCAAAGUGGUUCAGAAUUAAUCUUCAGCCAUUUACAGACAGUGGUAACUCUUUCACUCACUUUUCACUAAACCUAAGAGCGUUCUCCCCUGACUGUAGGGUUCAUGGGAGCUUUCUUGCUUUCAGAAUACACUCAUUUUCACUCCAUAACUACUACUUUAUUGUAGCCUUCAAACACUUUGCAAUACCAUUUACAUAUUGAUAUGUGAAAAAACUCAUCUCUAAAAUGAAUUGCUACUGUACAUUUCAAAAACAAAACGACAUAUAGCUCUUGCUAUUGCAAAGGUCAUUAUGCAACACAGCAAGCAAAAAAGGGGAAAACCCCUGACAGAUAAAACAGCACCAGUUGACAUCAUUAUUCACAGUCCAUCAAUAUUGCAAGUUUCAUGUGACAAAAAUAGCAGGGCAAGUAGCAUGCUUAAGCCACAGGCAUAGUACAGAUGGUACUUUGUGAAUACUAAAAGCUGCUUUCCUGAAGCAUUUCAGUACAAAUUCUUUGCAAUCACUGAUGAAUUUAAUGUUCAUUGGAGUUUGCAGAUAAAGCUUUUCUAUAAAAACAGUUUAUAGACAUGAUGAAAGCCAUCAAGACUUGUUUACUGAAACUUCUGGCAAGCUUGGAGUUAAUUUCAAGUCUUUAGCUACCAUUUUCUGAAUACAUGCAUAUACUGCUACAGCAUAGAAAAUCUCAUAGGCGAUUUAUGAAGUAAUUGUUGAGAUCAGUUCAAGAAAGGGGCUUUAUAGGAUAAGGCAGUGAUGCACAACCUUUUUCGGCCUGCGGGCCAUAUCCAUUUCGGACAGCCGUGUCGCGGGCCACUUCAUCGCAAAAAUACAAAAAA